AUGCGGCUGCUGUGGUGGAUUUUUUCCUUAUGCUUGGCACUUCCUGGAGUUUCAGCUUUCAAGCACAAGGCAGGACGGAUUGAACAUUGCAACAUCUUCACUAUGUGGAACUAUUCGCGUCCAGUUCCUGAGUACAUCCAUCUGAAUUUGCAGUCCUGGGAACGUGCAUCUGGGGGCCGUUGUGGGAAGCCAGUCUUGAUCAACAGGACGAAUGUCCGACAGUGGAUUCCGGAUGCGCCGGAAGAAUUGUUCAGAAUCCCAUACGAAGCGGCAGAAUCGGAUGCUAUACGCUAUGCAUUGAUUUACCACAACGGCGGUGUCUACAUGGACACCGAUUUCCUGGCCAUCGACAUGACAUCCAUCAUUGAUCGGAUUCAGGACCACGACAUCAUAACAUAUACCGCCGAAGGGCAGAAGUUCCACAAGGGCCAGUUCAGCUCAAAUUUUUUGGCUGGCCGCAAAGGCAGCAAGGUGAUGGGUGCAAUAUGGAAAUCCCAGAAGGAGCACAUGCAGCAGCAUUGUCCCAAGGACAUGGUGCCCAAAUCUGGAAUGUGUUGCUACGACGAUCCAUCGCUGGCCUGCUCCGUCCGUUGGGCUGGUCUUGGUGAAGGGAUCUCCCAUCCAGCUCUCAUCAAUCUUUUCAAGAGGAACGAAAGCUUCAAGAGUUACAUCUUUGAUGGCGACGAGAGCUUCGUCCCUACCGGUUUGGUGGAAGUCUUGAAGCGAAAGCUUUCUGUGAACGAUGCCCUUACAUACUGGAAAAAACGAUCGGUGAAGCAGCCGCUGUCUCGGAAGCUUUACCACCUCUUCAACUCCCAGGGCUUCGCGGACGCCUAUUCCUGCUUCGACCUGACGGCUGACAACACAACAGUUGCAGGAGAGCUUUACAAGCGAAGUCAGGUCAAGCGAGCCAUUGCAGCUCAUGACGGGCCUGCGUCAAAGUGUGCAAACGAUGGGGGUCUUUGCCGGUGCACCGGAAAUGUUUUCUACGGCCGACGUUUUGUAUGUGGUGGCGCCCAGCAGACAGACCUAGCAACUCUACUGCAGACCCAGCAUGCAUCUCGCGCGGUGUCUUCUGAGAUCCGGUGCGGUGCGCAGGACUUUGGAGGCGAUCCGCUCUUCGGUGUUGCCAAACACUGCAUCUGUGUGCAGCUUCGAUAA